GCAAGAGGGCAAUGUUCACAACUCACGAAACCGACUAAUGGUCGAGUCGUCGGGUAUCGGUUAGCCGUCGGGAGUAUCGUGACAUUUAGCUGCUUCCUUUCCUUCGAGCUUAUUGGACCUACCAGCAUACGGUGUAUUGGAUCUGUAAAUGGAAGCGGCAAACCACCAGACUGGAGUGAGCCUGUUCCUACUUGUGUCUUGAAGAGUAAAGCAACUGCUACAAAGCGAACUACGAAUGCAUCCAUGAUUUCCGCUGCCGCCACCAUGGAAUACUCUACGACAAUUGGAUCUACGUAUGCAUCAGAUAAAAAGGAAAAUGAAGAUAAUCACUGGAUCAUCAUCAAGGUAGGAUCUGGACUGGCUGGACUAUGCCUCAUCAUAAUUUUAAUCUGUGCUGUCGUGAAAUAUGUGAGACGGAAACGAAGAGACGACUUGACAGCCAGAGACAGCGCAUGGACCCAACCAAAGAACCUAGGACAAAGAAUCAAUGUACCCUCAACUCUGCCUCUCACUGGCCUGAGCUCCACUGAGGUACGUGGGGAAUGUGCAAGCAAUGUAUUCUUCUCGCGUAAAUCGAGAGGAAAACUCCCUGACCCGGGGCAUCAAGGGACAGUAUCACCAGGCAUGGAAGGCCACACCUACGGAAACAUCAACACGCCAUGUUCACAGUCAACGGGAAAGAGAUUGGCGUCACAUCCUAUCAACUCUCAUCGACAUAGCAGAAAUAUCCCUCAAGCAGAGGAAAAUUAUGUUAACUAUGUUCCGAAGAGAGGACGAAUUAACAUGAAAUGAAUAAAAAAAACUGAGGACAAAGAAUCAAAUAACACUCGCAUAUAUGGCGUUAUUACUACUACGUAAUACGCGGUGAAUGAUUGAUCAAUUGAUACUUCUCGCGUAAAUCGGGAAGAACGCUCCCUGACUCGGCGCAUCAAGGGACAGUAUCAUCAGGCAUUGAAGGCCACACCUACGGCAACAUCAACACGCCGAUUGAAAGAGAUUGAAAUCACACCCUAUCAAGUCUCAUCGACAUAGCAGAAAUAUCUCUUAAGCAGAGGAAAAUAAUGUUAACUAUGUGCCGAAGAGAGAACGAAUUAACAUGAAAUGAGAAAAGAACUUAGGACAAAGAAUCAAAGUUCCCUCGCAUUUCUUUGGCAUUAUUAAUAUUACGUACUACGUGAUGAAUACUUGAUCAAUUGAUACUUCUCGCGUCCACUGGUUGGAACGUUCCCCGACUCGGCGCAUUAAGGAACAGUAUCAUCAAGCUUUGGAGACAACACCUACGGCAACAUGAAGAUGCUGCGUUUGAAGUCAACGUGGAAGAGCUCGCCGUUCCACCCUUUCAAACCACA